UCGACUUUUGCUGUUCCAUUAAGAGAACAUUUAUUUACAUGACAUCAUGGAUCACUUGAUAAUAGCGCUCGCUUUGCUUUCUUUUCUUCUCGUUUUGCUCUAUAAGUGGUCGGUGGCUAAGUAUGCCACAUUCAGUGAGAGGGGCGUGGCACACGAAGAGCCCUGGCCAUUGAUUGGUAAUAUACCCAUUAAAGGCAUGUUUGGCGCUAUACCCGUUCUUAAGCAAAUGGUUGAGUUGAAUUUAAAGUUUUCCGAUUCGCCGGUAUACGGUAUAUACGCGCUAAGAGAUCCCAUCUUCUUUAUCCGAGACCCUGAGGUUAUCAAGCUGGUUGCUAUCAAGGAAUUUGAUCACUUUGCGAACCACCACGGCAUGCACAACAAUGUGCAGGAGUCGAUAUUGUCGAAAAGUCUUAUUUCUCUUCGAGACGGUCGAUGGAGGGAGAUGCGCAAUAUCCUGACACCAGCCUUUACAGGGAGCAAAAUACGUAUAAUGUUCAACCUGAUCCAAUCAUGCAGCGAGGAGGGUGUCAGCCACAUCUUUGAGCUUUUGAAAUUGUCGAAGGACGCGGCCAUCGACCUGGAAAUGAAGGAUUACUUCACGCGAUUUGCCAACGAUGUGAUAGCUACAGUGGCCUUUGGCAUCAGCAUCAACUCGUUCAGGCGCGAAGAUAACGAGUUCCUUCGGAUCGGACAGGCCCUGUCCAAGAUUAGCGCCUGGUCGAUGGCAAAGGCCGUGCUCCACGCCCUCUUCCCACGGCUAAUGAAGCUUCUUCGCAUCCAGGUGAUGGACUCCGAAAAAAUUGAUUUCUUCAGUCGUCUGGUUAACGUGACGAUGAAGUAUCGGCAGGAGCACAACGUGAUAAGACCAGAUAUGAUCCACCUGCUCAUGGAGGCCAAGCAGCAGAGGCUCGCGGAUCUGAGGGAUCAGUCGAAGAAUGCCCAUAACUAUUCGGAAUUUACCGAUGAGGACCUGUUGGCCCAGUGCCUGCUGUUCUUUUUCGCAGGCUUCGAGAUUAUCUCCUCGUCCUUGUGCUUCCUCACCCAUGAGCUUUGCCUGAACUCCGCAGUGCAGGACAAGUUAUAUGAAGAGAUCCUUUCCGUCAACCAAGAGCUGCAUGGGCAACCCCUGACCUAUGAUAGGCUGACCAAGAUGCAGUACUUAGACAUGGUGGUAUUAGAAGGUCUGCGCAAAUGGCCACCGGCUAUUUCAACAGAUCGUGAAUGCUGCGAGGAUAUUGAUUUGUGCGAUGAAAAUGGUGACAAGGUGUUCUCCGCUCGUAAGGGUGAUAUCCUGCAAAUACCCAUAUUCUCUCUGCACCGGGAUCCCGACAACUAUGAGGAUCCCGAGUCCUUUGAUCCAGAGCGUUUUGCAGAGGGCCAAAAGGCUGAGUCCCGCGUUUUUCUGCCCUUUGGAGUGGGUCCUCGCAAUUGCAUUGGAAAUCGAAUGGCACUCAUGGAGAUCAAGUCGAUUGUCUACCAAUUAGCUUCCAACUUUUUCCAGCCGAAAAAACAUCACGCGACUUGUUAGAUGACAUAAGAGGCCAUGACCUAAAGCCCAAGGAUGGCUUUUGGAUAAAGUUGAAGUCACGUCAAUAAAGGCUUAUGCAUCUUAGCCAACUUAUCUGCGGUUUUUAAAUUAAAGCUCGCAUGCAGCAAAAAAA